CUGCCGGCUGCUACUCAGGGCUGCGUCCCGCCCUCCACAGUCUCUACUUCGGCGGGAAGCGGCAGCGAUUGCCCAGAGCUUGUGGACAAAUGUAUAGGUUCUCGCAUCCAUAUCGUGAUGAAAAGCGAUAAGGAGAUUGUCGGGACGCUGCUGGGAUUUGAUGACUUUGUCAAUAUGGUGUUAGAAGAUGUUACAGAAUUUGAGAUCACACCUGAAGGCAGAAGAAUCACAAAACUAGACCAGAUUUUGCUAAAUGGAAAUAACAUAACAAUGCUGGUUCCUGGGGGAGAAGGACCUGAAGUAUAAAUUGAUACAGAUGUCGUCUCUGAAGACAUGUUAUACAUCAUCUAAGCAGAGCCUUGGGGUGUGGGUGGGUUUUUUUGGUUGUUUGUUUGUUUACAUACUAUCAAUUUUGACAUUUGAUAAAAAACAAAGAUUUCCUGUUCAGGAAAGGUGCAUUGCUAAUGCUGACUUUGUAAGUUGAAAUCAUGACUUUCUUGUAAAGACAUACUGAUUUGCUCAGAAUAAAGGCUUUUGUUUUGUUAA